AUGCCUCCUCAUACCCUGACCUCACCACCUAUACCCUCCCCUAACGCCCUUGACCAGCAUGUCCUGAGAACGAUUUUUACUCAGCUCAAGACAGUGACCUCAACUACAGGAUUCAAUGCCAUUUUAGAGAUUUACGAUGAAAACAACAAGUUAUUGGACCAGCUGAAGUCCAAGGGCCAUGAGCUUGCAAGCCUCAGAGAAGAGAUGGACGAGGAAAGAAAGAGGAAAGACAUAGCGCUAGACGAAAUGUUUCAGGCUAAUGAAAAAGAGAAGGGCAGACACAAAGAAACAAAAAAGCAUGCGCAGACACUGCAGACGAUGAUUAAUGACAAGGACACGUGCAUUUCCGAGCGGGAUAAGGUGAUAGAUGAGUUUGGCAAGCAGGUGAAGAAGCUCCAAUCCGAUAUUGCAAUGGAGAGGGACAAGUUAGCAGUAGCUCGAAAGGAAAUCAGUGGUUUGCAGCAAAGUAUCCAAGAAAGAGAAGCCACCAUUGACAAGAUGAAAGCGGCGGGGACAGAGUUGAAAGACAGACUGAAUUCCACCAAGAAAACGGUCAAGGAACUGCAAGAUGAGCGUACUUCCCUCAAGGAAUCGCUGACAAAAACGGAAGGAAACCUCAAAAGAUUGGAAGGUUAUGCUGCUGGAUAUAGUGAGAUGACUGAAGACUCAGUGAUUGAGAGCUUUACCGGACUUUGGGAAUAUGCUAAAAUGGAAAUAUUUGCCAUGUUAAAGAACGACCUUCCUAGAGACACACUUCAGAACGUUUCAGCAUGGGAGAAACUUCGGCAAUGUGAUUUGGCACAAGACAGCCAGGUCCCUAUUCCAUGUUCCAACACGCCAGCAGCGAAGCAAAUGAGGUUUGCUAUCAUCUUGGCUAUUCUGGCUAGAGAAAUUAAUACACAUAUCUUCCUACCAGUAUACAUCGCCGCCGGAGAUAACAAAUAUAACCAAUUUCGAAAGGUCCUCGCUAACCAGGCAGCUAUUGAUAGCGAGAAAGAGUCAUUUUGCCGGUCGGUUCUUUUGUCGAUAGAUCCAGGAACUCAGGAAGGGAUAUGUUUGGUGGGUAUCCAAGCUGUGGUGAAGAAUGUGUCAGAAUACCUGGAUGAGUUACUCCCGGAAGAUCAACGCCUCGCUUUCCAUAACACUCUGAGAAAAGUUGUACGGAAGGCAGCGGAUAUCUGGAAACCGAUCCAGCACAGUAAACGCAGAUAUGAGCCAGACUUUGACCCGCCGACCGCCGAGGAUGAUUGUGAGGCCUUCAAGUUUCCCAUUACCGAAAACCUCACAACGGAGAAUAACGCCAAUCAAAAGAACAUGAAAAAAGUUUCUUUGACUGUGUUCCCCCGACUGUCGAUUAUAGAACACGGCAUUAGCACUGCAUACACUGCUAUUAUACAAGUAAGCAGUUCACAACGCCAGUGGGUAGCUGCAGAAAGUGAGAUGGACAAAGAACCAGCCAGCCCUACUACUAUUGGGCGGAUCCCCUGGCGAAGGAAGUCGAAUACUCCAAAGACCACAUCUGUUCCAAAUGGCGGCUCAAAGAAAGGUAACGGGGAAUAG